CGCCGGAGAAAUUUUGGGUAUUGGUGGUUGAGAAGAACAUUGAUUGUAUGGUAGAACCAUGCCCCUUUGGAGAUGUUCUACUUCAGCCUUCUGGACUACCGCAACUUAACAGGACCUACGCUUGGGAGGUUAAAGCUGACCGGCUAGUUGGACUUGAACUGAAGUUCUCCCCAUGGUUAAGGCAGCUUCUACCUGGAGACACUUGCUCUGAUCAAGUUCUUUAUAACAUUGGCAGCCGACUGAAAGCAGACAGAGUCAACAUUGGAAACUUCUGCAGAAAUGGCUCAGUGUCUCGGGUGAAGGUCCAGGGGGUAGUUAUCUUGACGCUCCAGCUUCCUUGGAAUUCAAAAGUCAAUGACUCUGGAUUUAAGUUGGAAAGCAGAACUUCCAUACAAAGGUUGUUUAUUAUUGAAUCCACGUUUCUAAGUGAAUCAUCCAUAAAGUUGAUGUCGGCCAACUACCCAUUGGCAUCGCCGGAAGAUGAACUCAUGUCAUGGACGUUUGUGCUCUCAUCCAACUUAAGAGCGCGUGUCCGCUUCCUCAAGUACACAGAACCAGUCUGUGUACAGAAAUCUGUGAGGGCGGAAUACGUCUUACCUCAAUUACACUCUCCCCACGAGAUUAAAAUCUUACAACUGCGUGAUGUGCAACCUGCCAAUAUUGAUGGUAGUUUCAACUUUUCCCUGCAUGGCUGUGAUGAAGAUGAGCGAAAUCCUAGACCCCUCAGUCUACUCUUUCAAGUUGAUGUUGAGUACCGUAAGAAUGUAGCGAAUGUAACCCACAUAAUUGACCUAAGGGGAGAUAAGAACAUGAAUAUUACAAUUUAUUCGUUGCCCUCAGUUCACCCUGGGCUCGGUCUGAUGUAUCAAGAUGAAUGCAGUAUCUGUAUUGAUCGUAGCCAAAACUGUAAAUCUAAUGUGACUUUACCAUCUGGGGUGAGAUACUCAAUCACCUUUCUGUGCCCAGAUCUGGAGAACAUAAGGAUAAUUGCUGAGAAAUCCAGAGCCUGUUGGAAUUCCAAGCUUUGCCAAGACAGACUCUUUUCUCUGGCUGUACCAACUUCUCUUACCCAUCUGCCAAUCCUGCUUGAGUCAUUUACAUGGAAACUCCAGGCUCCAGAAGACAUCAACAUAGAAAUCAGGUCUCCAACCUUGAAACUCAUGCAACAUAUCCCAACCAAGGGUCAAACAUGCAGUGGAAGUUAUAUUUAUUACAUGAAUGGUUCUACCCCAGGAAAGGCAUUAAGCCUCGGUUUAUUCUGUCCUGGGGGAGACAUUGAAAAAAUUCAGAUGAAAGACAAUGUCACCAUAACCCUUAAGACCUAUGGGAAGAGGUGGUUCAAUGAAUCUCGGAAACAGGAUCUUCAAUUAUUCUUCAUGCCAGUUGUGCAAGAAGACUGCAUUUUCACUCUUACGCCACAGCCCAAAGCCAAAGUUUACUUACAGACUCCUAACUGGCUGGAAGGCAUGCCUCCUUUCAUGUCCGUGUAUUGGAACAUCAGUGUCCCGGCGAAGCACGUUGCGCAGCUCCAGUUCCUAAGCAAUCAGAUGGGCAUAACUUGUGAAAAGGGCCGGGCUUACACCUACAUUAAGGAACAGAGACCAAAUGCAGAGGAAACCGUGUGCCGCGAUGAUCAGAAACUGCCAAAGGCUCUAGAACUGCAGCACCAUUUCUGGAUAAACAUCACCAACUGUAAGCCGUCUGCCAAGCAACUCCUGAGCAUGGAACUUGUAGUGACAUUUGUUCAGAAAAAGCCAGGGCUGGCAGUCAUAAUUGGUGCAGUGGUUGGCGGGAUAGCAGUGCUAGCAGCUAUUGGGCUUGCUGUCUGCUGCAUUAUGAAAAAGAAGAAGACGAUAAAGAAGAAGUAGGCCAAAAAUGAAAGCC